AAGUCCAUCUAAAUAAGAUUUUAUUUUGAUUUUUUCUUCCGAAAGAUUUUAUAUUGUUCGUCUCAUCGAUUUUAUUUGGUCUGCGUGUUAAUGAUUUUUUUGUGGUUUUGUGCAGAAAAAUCAUGAAGGUGAGAAUUUGCCUCCGGAACUGAAUCAAAUCAAAGAACAAAUUGAAAGAGAAAAGUUUCUGCACAUUCAGAAAUCAUUUGCGGGUAGACCAAAUGUGGAUACUCAUGCUGCAUAUUAUCAUUCUCUUGCCCCAACCCCGGGUGCUGGAGUGAAUAAUGAUAGAGGGGACAACAAUAUGCUUUCUUUGAGAAUGGAAACACCACUCCAUAUUUUCAAAUAUAAUCCUUCAGAAGAAUUUACAUCUCCAAAUCCAAAGAAACAAGAUAUCAAUAUUCCAAUUGUUAAACAGCUACCUCGAGCCAUUACAUGGGUUCUCACGGAUAGUAAUAAGCCAGUGGCUGAAAGUGAUUUUGUGAUCGGUAAGAAACAAAUCAUUUAUGUCAAUGGCCAGGCAGAGGAAUUGAGCAGCGGCAACGAAGAAGAUGAAGAAGAAAUCAAGAAAGAAAAUUUGGAAUUUUCCAAAGAUGCAGAUCGGUUUAUAUGGGAGGUUGGGCAAAAAAAUAAUUUAGAUGACCUGGUGGUGAAAAGUGCUCUCUCCAAGUUCUUCAAAUUAGAUGUUUCGAGUAUCUUGGAGAGAUUCAAUGAGCUCAAGAAACUUAAGGUCAAUGAAGGAGAUAUUGGUGAAGCUUCUGAAAUACGCAUGUUUACUUCUUUUCCAGAGACUCCUGAUAAGCAUUUUUGCCGUCGUUGCUUGAGAUUUGAUUGUCGUGAGCAUGAAGAAUAUCAGCCUGAAAUUUACACUAAAGAAAACCAAUCUAAUUUAUUUGAGAGGGAAGAUGUUAGAAAACAAUGCAGUAACCAUUGCUACCUUAAGCUAAAGGGUGUUAUAGAAGCUGAUCAUAUGAUGGAUAAUGAUAACUCUACAAACAAGAAAGGGAAGAAUAUGGUCUCAGAGAUGUCUCAAGCAUACAAUGAGUGGACGCCUGUAGAGAUGGAUCUUUACCUCAAAGGAGCUAAACUCUUUGGGAGAAACAGUUGUCUUAUUGCAAGAAACGUACUUACCGGACUUAAGACGUGUUUAGACGUUUACAAUUACAUGCAUAAGCAAGAUCAAUGUAAUAUGUUACUUGAAUAUCAAGAAACUUCAGAAACAGACAAUCAGGUUAAUAAAGAUACAUCGCAAAAAAAACGUAGGUUGGGCCGGAAAAAAGCCCAACUCCAAAAGCAUAUUUGUUAUCCGGCUGCUAUAAAAAAUACAAUGAACAAAAUAGAGAAGUCGUAUAAGCAUUACACACCAUGCACGUGCGAGCCGGUAUGUGGAGAUCAAUGCCCUUGUUUUCGUAAUGGAAAUUGCUGUGAGAUAUAUUGCGGGUGUCCGAAGACAUGCAACAAUCGUUUUGGAGGCUGUAACUGUAAAAAGGGUCAAUGUAUAAACGGAAAAUGUCCUUGCUUUUCUAAUUCACGAGAAUGCAAUCCAGAUCUUUGUCGGAGUUGUUCGCUUAGUUGUGGAGAUGGCUCUCUUGGUGAGACAUCCAAGACAAGCAAAUGCAAGAACAUGCAAUUCCUCCUUAAGAAACAUAAGAAGAUUCUCCUUGGAAUAUCUGGUGUUCAUGGAUGGGGUGCAUUUACACGGCACUCUCUUAAACAAAAUGAGUAUCUCGGAGAAUAUACUGGAGAAUUGGUCUCCAUCGAUGAAGCAGAGGAACGUCAGAGGGCAGAUGACAAGCUUGGUUAUUCCUACCUCUUUAACUUGAAUGAUAAGUUCGUCAUUGAUUCUCGCCGUCAAGGAAAUAAGUUUAGAUUUCUCAAUAACUCAUCACAUCCUAACUGCUACGCCAAGUUGAUGACUGUUAAAGGAGAUCAAAAGAUUGGAUUAUUUGCAGGUAAAGCUAUCAGAGAAGGCGAAGAGCUGUUUUUCAAGUAUAAACCAGGAUAAGCGGAUAGGUCUCCUAGCAAAUCUAGCAACACUGGUGGCUCGAAGUCAGAGAAUAUCAGUUCAUCUACUUAGACUUGAAUCUGAGGACGAUCGACACAAAGCAGUCGCUUUUGGAUUAUAAUGCUAUUUUGCUAAGUAAACCAAAUUUUGAAGUAUUAUGUUUUAAUUGUUUUAAGGUUUUGUCUGUCUCAUGUCUUAACUCUUGAAGUUUUCUUUUGAAUAUUUCUCAAUAAAACAAAAUUGUCUUUUUGCUC